AUGAGUCAUCUAAUACCCAAGUAUGAUUCUCAGGACACUUUUCGACUGUUCAUGGAAAAUGGGCAAAAAGACAAAGAAGAGGUCCCAUCGUCGACGUUCUCAGUGCUCCCUGCACAACCUCCAAACGGAAUGAGGAGGACAUUUGAAAAUUCGGGUAUAACCUUCGGUUCAUAUACAGCAAAAACUGUUACUGUCUACAAAGAGGGUGACCUACAUUUUGCGGGUGUCCGUGUUCCUGUAUCCAAACAACGUUACACAACCAUAGCUAAUUUGAUGGAUGAUCUCAAUCGGAUAAUAUAUUUGCCGUAUGGGGUUCGUAACAUCUCGACCUCGAUGGGAGGGACCGUUAUUAAUAGUUUAGAUCAAUUGGAACAUUUGGGACAAUAUAUUGCAUCGUCAUCAAACCCACCAAAGAAGGUCGAUUUAGAUAAAAUAAAGGAGAAAUUUUCGGCUACACAACGACGAGAACCACUAAGACUGACGGCUGGUGGAGAUUCGGUUUAUAUGUCUUCUUCUACACCGAAUGCUCUUCCUCGUACAAAAUUCACUUAUAAAAUUGACGAUACCCCUUCAGCCGUACAGCUAUUUUUCGUUCUUAAUGGCAAAGGAAAAUUCUACCGAACCACUAUAAGUCAAACGAAGGUUCCUACAAUGCACAUGUUGCUCGAAGAGUUAUCCACGAGUUUGGAGAUUGCAAUCCAUCGUCUCUAUGCACCCGGAGGAAAGUUGAUAACAUCCGUCGAGGAGAUCCUUCUUUUGGGAGCACCAAGGAUAAUCGCAUGUCCUCGUCAUGAGAGACCGAUUUUCAACGAUGCAUCCAAAGAAUUGGAAGAGAAAAUACGUCAGAUGCAUCCAUCUAAAUAUGCACCACGACAAAUUUAUAUGAGAACUGAAACAAAAUCUUCCGGAGGAUCCGUAGCCGCUGUCACUUCCGCUAGCUCUUCUGACAAUAGCAUUGAGAAAAGAAAACCAGCUCCAAGCCAAAACAAUCGUCUACUUAUCAGAAAGUAUCCAGUCGAAAAUGGAGUAUCCAAUGCUAAAAAUUCCACAAUUACUACUAGUUAUGUACCCAAAUCAUAUGCAACGAAAGCUAGGAAAAUAGCUCCAACAGUCUCGGCUGCAAAUGCAAUUAGUAGGAAAUCUCAAUCGAAAGAAAUCAGCAGGAAUUCGAAGAAUGAAGAUGAAUCAGCAGUAUCAAGUGCAACAAGCACUGGUCCUAUAGAUUCUGGGACUGGAACUUCAAUUAAUAGUCAGCAAUCAGAUAGACCAGCAAGCAUGACUGAGAAAAAAGCUCAAAUGAUUCGAGACGAACUUCGAGCCAAUCUAAGCAAUCAAAAUCGCCAAAGUAGUUCUGAGAAUUAUUCCGAGGAAGAUAUGAUUCAGGAAGAAGAAAGUGAUUAUGAGCACAUUGGAAGGGGAAUACAGAGUGGAACUAGCGAGGAAGAAAUUGAUAGUCGUGUUGGAACACAAGACAAUGCAUCGAGAAGAUCAGGUUCUCAUCAGAGCACUGUUCGUCAAACUCCAUCUACGCCAGGAUCAGAGAAACCAUCGAACCAUUCUAGAACAGCUUCUAUUCAGAGAACAAGGACAGUUAGUCGAGAAAACACCCCAUAUCAAGAAGUUUGUAACUUUCACUUUACUCCUUCCCGUCAAAGUACAGCAGCUUCUCGUCCAGUUUCUUCUCAAUCCCUCAAAUCGAAAUCAGCAAGUUUAUCGCGUGAAACGUCUGCAUCAACGGCAAUUCAAGAAGCAUCAGAUGAGGGGUUGGAAGAUGUGAAAGAAGAGAACAUUAGUGAAGAAAAAGAUGAUGUAUCUAUACGGUCUCCUGCAGCCGAAACUCCCGAUACUCGUUUACCAACCGCCGAAUCUAGACCAUCCACUGCUGGUUCUCAGAAAAGUUUUGCAAGUGACAGUUCCAAGGCAUUCAGCAGAAUGUCAAACUACAGUGAUAUGGAAGUGAUUCUUCCUUCUGACGAUGAACUGGAUGUAUAUCGGGGUGCUGACACACCUGAAAGAGAACGAAUUGACAGAGCAGCAACUAAAGUGACGCGUUUCAUGAGAAGAUAUGCAGCUGAGAAGAAAAAAGUGAAAUUUGAAGCUGAACUGCAGGAAUACUCAAUUGAGAUCUUACUCGGUGAACGAUAUGGUCUUGAUUUUGACACUCGGUUGUUUAUAAUACUGCAUGGAGAAGAGGAGUCUAGUGAGAAGCUCUACAUAGCUAAGACUGACUGGUUAUUAUCUCCAAUGAAUACAUAUGAAUCGUCACAGUGGAUACUUCAAACAAUGAAGGUUAAGAAGUUGGGAAUAUUGAAAAGCAUUGUAUUGGGUCACGAGCAGGAAGGAUAUGGUGCCGGAACUUUUAUUGAUCGAGUAGUGAUAACGGAAACUGAUACGGACCGUUGCUUCCAAUUCCAAAUUUCAAAGUGGUUUGAUAGCGGUCAGGUGGAUGGAUUGAUUGAAAGAGACAUCGGGUUGUCAGGUUACAUGUAUUGGGAUACCCCAGACCAUAAACAAUACAAACUAACACAAGGACGAUGGGAAAUUCGUUUGCAUUCUGUAUUGUCUGCCAUCGGAGGAACUACUUCAAAUGUGAUCAUCACUGCAUUUGGUGAACAUGAUUCGAGCUCUCACAAAAUUGUCAACAAGAACUUACUCAACAACCCUGCUGAACUUCGAUAUAUUCAACUUGACUUUGGUACAACGAUUGGAGAAAUACGAAAACUUCGUGUAGAGCUUGAGGAAGCUGGAGACAAACCUUUCUACUAUUUGGAUCGUGUCGAAGCACUCGAUCUGGAUAGUAAGCAAUGUUGUGUUAUCAUGGUCAACGGAUGGCUUCAUACUAAACAGACACCAGGAUUCGAGUACUGGCAACCAUUUCGAGAAGCACCAUUCUUUGCGAAAGAUUAUUUCACAUCUUCUGUGAAAACUUAUCACGGAAGUGUGGUAUUCAGUGAUAAAACCCUAAUUGACGCUGAAAAAGAUCAAAUUUGGCUAAGAUAUAUUCAUGCAGAUGAAGGAAAUGGAGAUGUACGGGCAGAGUCAUCAGGUGCUUUUCCAGUUAUUCCAGUUGUGGGAGAGAAUGGAGAAAUUGAGUACAAAUUCAAAGUUGACUUCGUCACUCAGAACAACAAUAUGACUAUUCGAGUGGAUCCGACACUUACCAAAUUAGGUUAUGAUUUAAUGGACGGAAUGGAUGUUCUACAAGAAGUUAUGGAUAGUGUGUUGAAAAAUAAAGAACAUAUUGUUUUUGGUCAAGAGCUUUUCAUCGAUCACAUCACCACUUUUUAUGGUGAGCAUUGCCCGUACUACACAAUUUAUGCAACUUCGGGUGUGGUUGCUGAUGAAGAUUUAAAUGAAAAUCCAUUCUUUAAACAUCUUGCUGCUACUGUUUUUCCUGCGAAUCCAACAAAACGACAACUACAUGAAUCCGAAGACCUUCAAGAAGACGAAAUGGCGAAUUGGGAGCUCACAAUGAUAUUGGAUAACUUGAAACCGGGAACUCCAAUCAUACCAACAGUUGUUCUAGUUGCAAAUGACAGAAGAACAUUUGAAAUGGAAUGUAUGAUGGCCAAUCCUAAUCCAAUUCCAAUUGGGUGGACAAUAAAAUACAAUGUAUUUUUAGGUUUUGAAUUUUUUUUUGUAGUCAUAUUUCAGCUGACUGCUCCCAACUUUGGAAAUCCACGGAAAUGCAGAAUUUCCUGCGAAGAAACGAAUGAUGACACUUAUACCAAUGUUAAUAAGAUAUUCUUAACCGAAAACAAAACGAAAACUCACGUCUUCAUAAAAGAACAAGAAUCCGAGUUGGAAGGAUAUGACACUCAUGAAUUUGAGUGUCAUUAUCCAGAUGAUGGUGGAAGACAUUCCGUUGAAUACUUGAUCACAAUGAGAACGGAAUCAGGAAGUGGAGAGUUUCGUCCGUAUAUAAAUGUUAUUGGAAAGAAUGGAGACACUGGAUAUAGAGCAUUCACAGCUAACAAACCUUUUGUGGUCAAAGAAUUAUCCACAAACGCUAUAAACCUUGGAGAUCUUGUAAGCGUAGAAGUGUGGGCAAAAACUGGAAAAGUGAGUGAUCCAACUGAAAAUAUGAAAUUAACAACUGACCUGUUUCAGCCUGAAAACUGGAGAGGAACACUUGAAGUUGCGUUUUUGAGUCAGUUGUACGAAUCGAACAUAAUAGAAAUAUCAAAAAAUGGACAAAUCGCCCAAUCUCCAUUGAUAUUAGUGGAACGAGAAGGAAUUGAAGAUGAAGAAGAAGAUGGGCAUGGCCUAGAAACAGAGGAAGAAUACGAAUAUGAUGAGGAGGAACGAUAUUAUUAG